AUACAAUCUAUCUCCGAACAACCAACUUCACACUUCAACAUGAUUUUACAACUAGCUCCUCACUCUCGAGGAAGGAGAAAGGCUCUCCCUGCAGUGAUGAUGAGAGCAGGUACAUCCAAAGGACUAUUCAUCCAUCGACAUGACCUCCCUGCAUCUGAAACGGAAUGGGCGCCUAUUCUGCUCUCGGCGAUGGGUUCUAGAUACGCAUCAUUACGCCAGAUUGAUGGUGUAGGAGGAGCAACUUCAACUACUUCCAAGAUUGCGGUAAUUGGAAAGUCUGAAAGGCCAGGGGUUGAUGUUGAGUAUACGUUUGUGCAGGUCGCGGUUGGGGAGAGCAAGAUCGAUAUGAGUGGGACGUGUGGGAAUAUGGCGAGUGGGGUUGCGCCGUUUGCGGUGGAUGAGGGGUUGGUUGAUGUUGUGGAAGGACAAACUGAGAUCACAAUCAUGGUGUACAACACGAACACGAAGCAAGAAUUCCUCGAAACAAUCCAACUAGACGACCAAGGACGAUUCAAAGAAGAAGGAGAUUUCAUGAUAAGCGGCGUACCAACACCUGGAAGUCGAAUUGAUAUCUCAUUCGUCCACCCAGCUGGGAGCAUGAAGGGGAAAUUACUUCCCACCGGGAAUCCGCAAGACAUCAUCACAAUCCCUGGAGCACCAAGCGUUUCCGUCAGAGCAAGUCUGGUAGAUGCUUCAAACCCAAUCAUUUUCGUCGAUGCAACAACCAUGCCAGCAAUCUACCACGAUCUAGGUCCAAACCACAUCCAGUCUCUGGACCUAGUCGAGAGCAUCCGAAGACAAGGCGCUGUCCUCUACGGCUUGGCAUCCAGCAUCGAGACAGCAGCUCUAGUUCGCGGAACGCCAAAGAUCGCCAUGGUUUCCUCAGCAUAUCACCCUGAUGUCGAGAUUCAACCUGAUAUCACGGUCUUGGCGUAUAGUAUGGGGAAGAUGCAUCCGACGCUGCAACUUACUGGCGCAGUAUGUCUGAGUGCUGCAGCGAGCAUUCCAGGGUCUGUUGUAGCGGAAUUGGUUAUGCUGAAUUCGGCGGAUACUCCGCCCAGGUCACCGGAACGGGACUCAGCUGAUGCGUCGAAGGAAGAGCACAAGGAUUUGGUCAUCAAACAUCCUUCGGGAGUUAUGUCGUCGAAUACUGUGGUUUCGGUUGAUGACAGUGGCGCGCUGACGGUGGAGAGCGUGAGUGUGUAUCGGACGGCCAGUCGGUUGUUCGAGGGAUAUGUAUAUUAUAGUGUUUGA